GGGGAACUACUUUUGAAUGCGGAUGGAUAUUGCCGGAUGACGUAUGCCACUCUAAGCUAUAUAACGCACCGUUGGACGAUAGUCCCGCAUUCUUAAGCAGACCUCAGAAGAAAACGCUUUCGUCUUUACUCCGCUGUUGAACCUGUUUGUUUAUCGUGCAAAGAUGCAGAUCUUCGUCAAGACCCUCACUGGCAAGACCAUCACCCUGGAAGUUGAGCCCAGCGACACAAUUGAAAAUGUAAAGGCCAAAAUCCAGGACAAGGAGGGCAUUCCCCCAGACCAGCAGAGGCUGAUCUUUGCCGGCAAACAGCUGGAAGAUGGCCGCACCCUGUCUGACUACAACAUCCAGAAGGAGUCCACCCUCCACCUGGUCCUGCGUCUCAGGGGUGGCAUGCAGAUCUUUGUCAAGACCCUCACUGGCAAGACCAUCACCCUGGAGGUUGAGCCCAGCGACACAAUUGAAAAUGUAAAGGCCAAAAUCCAGGACAAAGAAGGCAUUCCUCCCGACCAGCAGAGGCUGAUCUUUGCUGGCAAGCAGCUGGAAGAUGGCCGCACCCUGUCUGACUACAACAUCCAGAAGGAGUCCACCCUCCACCUUGUCCUGCGUCUCAGGGGUGGCAUGCAGAUCUUUGUGAAAACCCUCACUGGCAAGACCAUCACCCUGGAGGUUGAGCCCAGCGACACCAUUGAGAACGUGAAAGCUAAGAUCCAGGACAAGGAGGGCAUUCCCCCCGACCAGCAGAGGCUGAUCUUCGCUGGCAAGCAGCUGGAAGAUGGCCGCACCCUGUCUGACUACAACAUCCAGAAGGAGUCCACCCUCCACCUGGUCCUGCGUCUCAGGGGUGGCAUGCAGAUCUUUGUGAAAACCCUCACUGGCAAGACCAUCACCCUGGAGGUUGAGCCCAGCGACACCAUUGAGAACGUGAAAGCUAAGAUCCAGGACAAGGAGGGCAUUCCCCCCGACCAGCAGAGGCUGAUCUUCGCUGGCAAGCAGCUGGAAGAUGGCCGCACCCUGUCUGACUACAACAUCCAGAAGGAGUCCACCCUCCACCUGGUCCUGCGUCUCAGGGGUGGCAUGCAGAUCUUCGUCAAGACCCUCACUGGCAAGACCAUCACCCUGGAGGUUGAGCCCAGCGACACCAUUGAGAACGUGAAAGCUAAGAUCCAGGACAAGGAGGGCAUUCCCCCCGACCAGCAGAGGCUGAUCUUCGCUGGCAAGCAGCUGGAAGAUGGCCGCACCCUGUCUGACUACAACAUCCAGAAGGAGUCCACACUCCACCUGGUCCUCCGUCUCAGGGGUGGCAUGCAGAUCUUUGUCAAGACCCUCACUGGCAAGACCAUCACCCUGGAGGUUGAGCCCAGCGACACCAUUGAGAACGUGAAAGCUAAGAUCCAGGACAAGGAGGGCAUUCCCCCUGACCAGCAGAGGCUGAUCUUUGCUGGCAAGCAGCUGGAAGAUGGCCGCACCCUGUCUGACUACAACAUCCAGAAGGAGUCCACCCUCCACCUGGUCCUGCGUCUCAGGGGUGGCAUGCAGAUCUUUGUGAAAACCCUCACUGGCAAGACCAUCACCCUGGAGGUUGAGCCCAGCGACACCAUUGAGAACGUGAAAGCUAAGAUCCAGGACAAGGAGGGCAUUCCCCCUGACCAGCAGAGGCUGAUCUUCGCUGGCAAGCAGCUGGAAGAUGGCCGCACCCUGUCUGACUACAACAUCCAGAAGGAGUCCACCCUCCACCUGGUCCUGCGUCUCAGGGGUGGGCAGUAAAGCAAUGAUUCCAUGUGAUUCCAUUAAUGUUGCUUUCUUCAAAUAAACAUAAUGCUAUGAAUCCCUUGUUACAAAAUUGUUACCCACAGCAAAGGUUUUAACCAUUCGUGACCAAAAUGUUGUUGCAUAUCAAUAAAAGGACUGAACUCCAUUUCUGUGUUGCUUCUUGACCAUUACAGUGACAGAAAGCAAGAGGGUAAAUUUGUAUCCAGCAGAAAGAGAAUAGAAGCACAACUAAACUCUUUACUAAUAUGAACCCCAGUUUAUUGCAGAUGUUUGAAUAUAAGCCAAAAUCAAAAUUAUAAAACAUAAACAAAAGCAAGGCCAUUUAGCAUCUUGGUCAGCUAAGACAUUUUUAAAGAACCUUUUGUAGUCUUGUGAACAUUAAGUGGUUAUUUCAAUCUGCAACAUAGGAACACGUUGGAUGGGGCUGCUGCAGUAGCCAGGAUGUCUUAUCUACUCGAAUUCCAGGUCUACGUGCACAGCUUUAGAUGUACACAAAAAGAAUAAUGCAGAAAAUAUUUAAAGCCAUAAUUUUCAUAUAUCAAGUAAAAAUACGUUUGGAAUCAAAUCAGCACACUGCAACAUUAAAUUAGUGAAAUUCCUUGAUUCUCACAUCAUGGUAUGGUGCAUGUAUGGCUGUGUGCUGUAAAUGUGAGGUAUAAUGUUAACUACAGUGUACACAUUUAAUUCAGGGGUCCUGCAUAAGUCCACGAAUGUACCAACACUUAUUUGAUGCUGUAGUUUGUUGUAUUAAAUCUCACUUGUCUGUGUAAACGCUGAGUCAUUAUUGAGCGAAAAGUAUGGUUAGGUCAUCUUCUGCAGAACACUUUAAGGGUGACAGGGUUUUUCACUUGUAAGGAUGUAGCGCCAUCUAUUGUUGAUAUCAAAGUUGACAGGUAACGCAGAGGAAAAAUGGCGGACAGCACUGGGUAGGAACAAGUCAAAGGUUUAUUCCUGGCAUGUGCCCACUGUAUCAGACAGAAACUGAUCUCAGCAAAAAUUAAUAAAAUAUUUAAAUGUG